AUGGCCGCCGAUGCAGUUGCAGAAGCGGGCCGGUCUUGCAACCGACUGCAUUCCAUCAUGGCCGCCGAUGGUGUUGCAGAAGCAGCUAACUGGCCCAUUCCGUUGCAAAAGGGGGUGGGUGUGCAGGCGGCACCUCGGCGAGUCCUGGACAGCAUUCUGUUUGGCUCGCAGCAUUGGGAUUCCGACUUGGCGCGCUCGCGGCUGCACCAGGUGACAGCCCAGACGGACGUGGCGGAGCAGGAGGUGUACAUCGGCGCCAUCACGCGUCGCUCAGUGGUGUCUGCCAGGAUAUGGAUGCGCCUGGGUGCCUGCUGGCUAGCUGCUGCCGCCCCUAUGUCCACCACCAUCGCACCACCAAGCCUCACACCCUCCAGGCUGACCAGGGCCCUGGUUUGGAGCUGCUGGCUGGUGUGUCCAGCGGAUGGCGGAUCACAAUUGCAGUGGCUUCUGCACACAGACCCAAAAGUGCGAGUGCCCCUCGCCAUGGUGCAUGCAGCCACACCAGCGGCCAUGCUACGAUAUGCCUACAACCUGCGCUCCUACCUCUGCUAA